ACCUAAUUUUGAAAGAAAUUUCAUAUCAAUAUAGCCUACUCAGUGCUCAUGCUCAACAACCGAAUGUAGCGAAGUAAAAUAAAAUAAAAUUGGUGCCUACUUAGUGUUAUCCAAAAAUUGUAGUCCCACGCUAGAGAAAAAGCUCACAUAAAUAGCUGUUUAAAACCAAGUAGUGGCCUAAGAAUUGAAACAUUUUGUGUGCUUUCAGAGUUGAUGACUUGCUAACAUUCCUCUAUUAUCUAAUUUCUGGCCACAUUACUCGCAUGAUGAAGACAGAGUGACUUUGCUUCAGUUAGCUACGUUGCUUGAUUGGAUCUUCCGAUCUGUGUUGGCAUUAGCAAACUUUUGAUAAGUGUUGUGAAUAAGUGAAACACAUUUUGUAAGAAAUGUAGUUAUGUCUUAAGAACCUGAUGCAUGUUGGUUCCGACGAAUAGUCAGAAACCCAGUUAUAGUUUUAAUCCAGUGAAGUGUUCAAUAUGAAAAAGCUAAGCUCAUAUCACGUAGUGUGGCCAUGAUGUUGAGCGAUACUACUAAUUCAUAAGUGAGGCUAGCAAAAUACACCGGAGACUAAUGAACUUAACCUGUGGACUCAUGAACUAAACCAUAUAGUAAUAUCAAACUAAAGCAUGAAGUAUGUCAGCCAUGAAGAGAUGUCAUUUUUUCACCUAUCUCAAUUAGAGUACUCCCUGGUGUUUUCAUCAGCUUCCUGCUCUUGGCCUCUUUCCUCAACAAAGCUGCUUCAGAGUACUGCUAAUUUGUUGUGUAUAGAUUGGAGAGCAGCAGGUAGUAGCCAGUGUAGACACAUCAUCAGAAACACAAACAAACAGACAAUGCUAUGUGUGUCUCACCCAAAUCACACAAUGCAGCUGCUCCAGCGCCGCCGCUGUCUCCCAUGCCCCUCGGAUUGCAGUUCCCAGUAUUGUAGGUGCCACAAAAUGCAAUGAUCCGCUGGAACAUGGACCGUUUCAUUAAACUUAAUCAAACAUAGAUGGUCAAGCCAAAUGUAGGUGGCUGGGUUGUUUCUUAGCAACUAAUCUGCAAGAACAUAUUAAAAAAAAGAUCAAUAAAUACACCUCAAUGUGCAAAUGUUGAUUCUUGAACAAUUAAGAUUGAAACAGAAGUUACUAUCAGGAUGAGUUUGCAAACAUCAAUUGGUUGGCAAGUAACGUCAAUUGCUUAUCAUCCAUUGAUAUGCGUGUCUUGUCAUAUGCAGAUUUUACCUAGCCAUAUUACACACAGCAAGGGAAGCUUAAGAUAUAAACUGCAGGCAAGGAAGAUGAAGCACCACAACCACAUUUCUUGAUCGCCUAACUUUCUUCAUAGGUGUCACUACCAGAAAAAACCUACACACACAAAAGUCAACACGCUGCUACAUGGCAGCCGUCAUGUCCACGCAGCCAUCGAUGCUCCAGAUCUCAGGCUCACUUCACGUACCUCCUGCUUAACCGUGCAAUUGCAGCGCCAGCCAGGCAGCAUGACACUGCCAACACGCGCUGGUGAUCAGCAUCAGGGUGAACUCGCCGUCAACAAAAUGAUCUUUCCCCUGUUCUUUCAGCGGGAGAGCUAAAUGGCAAACCGAUUGUUCCGGGGUUACUUUUUGCUGGAAGCCAGAUUACUACACCAGCAACCAACAGAACCUUCUUUCAGCCACGAGCUGUUCCUAGUAUUUCACUCAGAAAUGUGGGGGUUCCAAAUGGAUAUGCUGGUCUAGACUCUAUUUGUGACACCGUGGAUACUAACCAACAUGAAGUGCCUCAGCAAAAGCAGGUUUCAGUUGACCAGGAGAUAUUUGAGCCUAGUUCUGAAGUCAACAUGUUCUCUGUGGUAAAGCGUUCCAGGUCAAGGCAGCGGCAUAUUGAAGAUCGGUCGCGUGAGAAGGGUCAAGCGACAAAUAGUGGAAUCAGGGAUGUUAUGCAAGACAUGAUGCAGAGGUCUGGUUUUGCAACUGCAGGUUCGAACAAAACAACUGCAUCAUUAUCCUCCAAACCAUGUGGUGACGGUGAAAACAAUGCUGGAACAACAACCUCUUUGCCAGCUCAGGAGAAAGAUUUUUAUGCCAGUCAGGAUAGAUCAACUGAAUUCGUCAAGUGCAGUAAAGAUGGUGAUCUUGGAAAUCAAGGAGUUAAGUUAGAUUGUUCUCAAAAUCAGAUUGUCAAUUCUGAUAAUAAUGUCAAGGUUUCUGUUAGAAGUUCUUUUGGGGUGCAAGUUACAGGCACUGUGUGCCAUGCACUCCCUGAAACUUAUCUGUCGGUUGAGCCGAAAAAACUUCAAUUCGAUGGUGUUGAAUCAGUUUGCAUGGAUCCUGCAAGUGAACAGACGAUGCAGCAACCAGUAUGUGCCCUGGAAGGUGGCAAUCUUGAUCUUGCUGAGGCACAUCCCUUAAAUGAAGACCCAUCUUCUACCAGCUAUUCUCAAGUUCUUCAGGAGCAACAUCUGUUGGUCAGAACAUCUUUAGAAUUCAAGGAGACCGAUGCAGAGACUCCCUUGGGCCCCACUUCACCGGUUACACAAAAGGAGACGCUCAAUGGAAAGGCAGCAUAUGAUGCGGUCAACUGCCAUUCAGGAAAGCUGGGCGAUGUUCAGAUAAAAUUAUCAGCUUUGACCAAAGCAUGCAACAUUUCUGUCAGCAACAAAAAGGACGAGUCUGCAGUGCCACAAGUUAUGAGCAGUGUUUCAGCUAGAAGAACCAGCGAAAUGCACUCAACUGAAAGGAACAGUAUGACUUCAGCCGAAGAUCUGCAACAAAAUGGAACAGAACAAGACACCUCUCUUAUUGAGAAUGCUGUUAAAGAAAAUGUUAAUUCAUGUACAGCAGAAAACGAUAAACGGAAAUCUUCACAACCUUCUGUUCAAUACUUCUUACCUAGUGCAUCACAUGAGAAAAAUAUUCUACUCGAGUCAGACAGAAGCAGUGUUGCUUGUGACCAGAAGAGGUCAGUACAAGAUGGAGUGGAAGUAAGUGAUAGUUUGUCAUCUAAAAGGAGAAGAAUAAGGCACCGAUCAGACUUUGACCUUUCUGGGACUCCUUGCACAAAUUCAUUGCCUCUGAACCACCAACUUGACAUUUCUAGCCAUAUAUUAAGCGCGACAAAUUUCUCAGAGAAAUCCCAUCCUUCAGGUCCUUACUUCACAAGGAGUUCAGGAUCCUGCAAGAGCAUGUCUCUGGUGUCAGAGGGGGGGAAUGCUGCAAGUGAUGUUUAUGGAAAUGGGAAUUCUUCACGUGGAAGAAGAAAUACAACUAGCCUAUUAAGUGGCGUCCUUGACAACUCUCCUACCGCAAGCACCAGCAGGAGUGCAUUGGAAGGACGGGUCUUCAAAAAUUCUCAAGAACAGAAACAAAAUAAGUUGGAAGUGGAGUUUCUGACAACUGCUGCUUUGCCUUAUUGCUCUGGCAUCCUAUCUCGUAAUGAGGAAAACUGCACACAGCAGGAAGGUACUUGCUUUGAAGGUCAGAACCUAAAUGUCACGGCUGCGAGUGUGGCAGACCAGGAAAUGGCUCCUGAGAUGGAUGACUUAUCAUCUCCAAUUGCAAUAUUACAUCAAGAAACUUAUUCUGGAACAGAACUGUUUACUCGAUUCCCGAGUUAUGAACAAGCAUCUGCUCCUAAUGCACUGCUUCAUGAGAAAUUAUGGUAUGACUCGAAUGAAUGUGUUAGGAAAUAUAAAAGUUGUGAUCCAAAGGGACAAUUGGGUGAUGAAUCUUUUGAUUGUGAUGGUUCAAUGCCAGUAAUGGAGAUCUUUGAUGUCUCUGACCAAUUGGACAGCCCAAUUAUCGGAAAAAGGUCAUUUGAGUCCCUACACGAUUCUCACCAAUUAGGCACCAUUUGCUCAGAUCCUCCAAACAAGCAUAAUACUAACACAGCGAGUAGUUUGCAUCCGCUAUUGACAACUACUAUGUCUGGGAAACCCAGAAACUGUCCCCUCUCUGAUGAUCUACAAUACAGUGCUAGUAACAGUCGCAGCGGUAUGGACUCCUUCGGAUGUGGACUUGAUUUGUUUCUUAUUUCUGAUGGCGUAGCCUCUUGCUCUUCAAAUGCUAGCAGCAGACAAGAGAUCAAUGAAACUCCUUUGACUCCAUCUGUUGAAAAGUAUAGCCAGAAACUUUCAUUAAGAUCUGGAUCUGGUUCAGAACAUAUGGGUUCUAUUCCUGAACUUGAAGUCUUCCGAAUUGAUGAAGACAACAGCAUUCCGGAAGAAGAUGAGUACCAAGACAUGGCUCCUGGAUCUGUAGAUGUGAAUUGCUCAUGCCAGCGACAAUCUGGGGUAACAGCACUUCAGGAUAUUACUGGAUUAUGUCAAAACAAUGGAAAUUCUCCGUCUCAUUCGAUGAGAAGCAUGGAUAAAGGUAACAUAGACUUGAGUGCAGAAUCUGUCAGUAGUGAGCUCACUCAUCAUUCAAAUAUCAGAAAUGAUAGCAUUAAGCCAAGAUACAAUCACUCUACUUCAGUUAAGAGAGAAGGAAAAGUAUCCCGUUCUCUUCAUGACAGAUCAGGUACGAAAGAAAUAACCAAAAGCAGAAGUGGAAGACACAGGAGUGAAGCAAAUAUUGACAAGCAAGGCACGACAGAAAUAAUCAACAGCAGAAAUGGAAGACACAGGAGUGAAGCAAAUGUUGACAAACAAGGCACGGCAGAACUACUCAAUAGCAAAAAUGGAAGACACAGGAGUGAAGCAAAUGUUGACAGACAAUCUAAGCCUAGCAAUAUUGUUGCCAAUGUGACAUCUUUUGUACCUCUUGUAAAACAAAAGUUGCAAUCUACAACAGUGUGCGUUAAAAAAGAUGUUAAGGUGAAGGCACUCAAGGCAGCUGAAGCUGCAAAACGUCUUGAAGAGAAGAAACAAAAGGAGCAAGAAAAGCGCAAAGCGGCUGCAAAAGCAGAGCGUGAAAGACUGAAGCAAGAGAAGGAACAAAAACAAAAACUUGAAGAGGAACAAAAGAAGAGACGAGAAGUUGAUGCGGCCGCUAAGAAGCGGCAGAGGGAAGAAGGGGAAAAAAGGGAAACGAUGAAAAGAAGAAAAUGCGUGGAUGAAGCUCGAAAGCAACAGAAGCAGCCUAUGGAUAGACAACGAGGCACGAAGGAUGAGAAAGAUGCUCGUCAAAAAGCUUCUGAUAAUAUGGAGCCAAAGAAGAAUUUGGUUGAUGUAGGCAAAAACCAAGUUAAACCUGAUGAGACUACCGAACAUGCCCUUCGAUACAAGGCCAAUGAAAGUAAGGACGAGAAAGGUGUUGCAGUAGAUGACAGGAAUGCAAGUUUUGGAUCUGAUGCUAAGGAAAAUAUCCUGAACAGUCUCGAGGAGUCCUACACAAUGACUCCUUAUAAAGAUUCUGAUGAUGAGGAUGAUGAUGAUUACGACGAACAUUUGCAAGAAGCAAGGCGCAGAAGGAAAUUUGUUCCUUGUUGGGCUCGAAAAGAAAACUUGGAUAGCAUCUUACUAUCCAAUAAAACAUUAAACCCCAGAGAAAUUUUUGCACGGAAGCUGUCCUUCAACAUAUCUGAAGUUCUUUCGGCCCAUGUUCCGCAGCGCGCCUUAAGAUAGGCUUCCGUUCCAUUUGAUUAAGUAGCGGUAAUAUGUCAUUGCUGUUCUUCUGGCCUCCAUUUCGCCUUGGCAGUCUGUGGUGAACAUUGCUGACCAGCAAUCUCUCUCUUUCGUAACCUGUAAGCUAGGAAUGAUGUAUGUAGGAGAACAUUGCUGUACCACUUGACUAGUUACUUACCUAGCAUCGAUCGUUGCUUGGCCAAGUUGUAGUUUGUUUAUAACGGCUCCCGUCACGUUAUUAUUUGACGGAGAUUGAGUAUGUAUUGGAGUGGCAGCAAUGUCCAAGGAGAGUAGGCAGUAGCAGUAAAGUGAGCUCCUGUGUCCGAUGAGGAAAGUUGGACUGUUUUGUAGUGGAAAUUCCAUUUCAUUUCA